UUUGUUUACUUGCCCACAAGUUUGCAACAAAUUUAAAACAUGCUACAGUAAACAAGAAGCUUUCUUUGUGAAAAACGGCAGUUUUAGAUUUUGCCUUGUGUACAUGUUUUGUUUUAUUCCAUCGUGUUUCAAUAAGAAUAAGUUUAAAUGCUCUAGAGAUUCUCAAAACACAAUUGAUUAUUUAUUGAUACGAGGAAGAGUUUUCCAAAGGAGAGAUUGAUUGUUUAAAUAAAAUAUGGAGGAUGACUUCUUUAACGUACUCGACGCUAAAAGAGAGUUAAGACAGGGUAUAGUGGAAUGUCAGAAACGUGGUUUAGUGUACAGCGUCAAAUGGUUAGCGGAAAUGUGCCAUGGCCUUGCAGACGUGGAUAUUGACGGCGAGGAUGAAAAAGAUAAUUUCGGUAUUAAAAUGCUGGAAGGCAUAGCACCGAAAGAAUACGAUAAUUAUUUUCUGGCUAAAAGUUACUUUGAUGUACGUGAAUAUGAUAGAGCUGCUCAUUUAGUGCGGAAUGCUACUUCUCCAGUUCCCAGAUUCCUUCAUCUUUAUGCCACUUAUAUGGCAGUGGAGAAACGACGGUUGGAUUCAACGACGGAUCAAUCGAAUCUAAAUGACUCAGGUCACUUUAAAGACCUGGGCGAGAUUUUGGUUACUUUGCGGGCAGAGCAUUCGCGAAAUAAUUUAGAUGGUUACGGCAUGUAUUUAUACGGUGUUGUGCUUAAGGCCUUAAAUCUAAAUCAGGCUGCUCAACAAAUAUUUGUGCAAUCUAUUAGAUUAGUUCCUAUGCUGUGGAGUAGUUAUGUGGAAUUGGCUCCGCUUAUCGAGGAAAAAGAAAAGUUACAAGCUUUAAAUUUUGGCGGUCAUUGGAUGAAACGAUUCUUCAUAGCUCAUGCUUACAUAGAAAUGUAUCUGAAUGAUGAGGGCUUAAAAGCUUAUGAAGACCUGCAAGCUGCUGGUUUUCGAGAUUGUGUUUAUGUAACGUCGCAAAUGGCCUUAGCUUAUCAUAAUAAGCGAGACGUUGACAAAGCAAUAGAAAUAUUCCAAGUACUGCAGGAAGCUGAUCCCUACCGUUUAGAUAAUGUGGAUACAUAUUCAAAUCUAUUAUUUGUUAAGGAACUGAAAACUGAAAUGGCUGAACUAGCGCACAAGGCCGUGGGGAUUAAUAAAUAUCGUCCCGAAACUUGCUGUGUUAUAGGAAAUUAUUACAGUAUACGAUCCGAUCAUCAAAUGGCGAUAAUGUAUUUCCAGAGAGCUUUAAAACUCAAUCCAAAAUAUUUAGCCGCAUGGACUUUGAUGGGUCAUGAGUUUAUGGAAUUGAAAAACACCAAUGCCGCAAUACAAAGUUACCGUAAAGCUGUUGAGGUUAACAAACGUGACUAUCGGGCUUGGUAUGGUUUGGGGCAGGCGUAUGAAAUUCUCAAAAUGCAUUAUUACAGUUUGUAUUACUUUAAAAUUGCUCAUCAACUGCGUCCUUAUGAUAGCCGCAUGUUAGUGGCCUUGGGUGAGACCUAUGAAAAAUUAGAUAAAUGUCAAAACGCCAUCAAGUGUUAUAGCAAAGCUUGCGAUGUAGGUGAUAUAGAAGGCAUAGCCAUGUAUAAAAUGGCUAAUCUGCAUGAGAAAUUGGGUGAUUACGAUUUGGCGGCAAAUUGCUAUGCUACAUACUGCGAUGAUGAACGCGCGGCAACUGACAAACAAAGUCUUUACCAUGGUUAUAUGACACUGGCGAAUUUCUAUGAGAAUAAAGGUGAAUACGAUCGUGCCUCAUAUUAUGCUUAUAAAUGUUUGGAAUCAGAUGAUCGAAAAUCGGAGGCUAAGUCCUUGUUAAAAACCAUAGAAAAUAAACGCAGUGGAAAGAUUAUUGCAAUUAGAGGCGUUAGCACAGGUUGUAGCCUAAGUAAAGCUAACGUCGAUACCUCGUCUGAUGAUGAUAUGGAUAUGGAAUUAAGUGAUUACAAGUUUCCCUCUCUCGACUAUUUGGGUAAAAGUCGUAUAUUACCUGGCACCGGUAAUGAACCGGGUAGUAGCUUUAAAAGCACACAUCGAACUGCAACGAAUGUGAACGAAGCAGCUAGCACUAGCACAAGAGCUACAUUAGAGCCGUUAUCUGUCACGAUAGCACGCCGACGUGCACCGUUAACUGAUGAUAUGUCGUUAAGCGAAAGCGAGCUGACCAGUAAUACCUCAAUACCUACGACUUAUACCGUUUCGACCAAUACAAAUUCUCGACAUAAUCUACCUACCACUACUACAGCUGCUAAUGCCUCGAGUACGAAUCCCGCAGACGAUGAGGACGAGGACACACAUUCCAUGGAAAUAUCUUCAAUAUCAAUUGAUUGAAUUAUAUAUUCGCCGGUUAAUCAUUGGCGGCAAUUAAUAGUUACAGUUUCAUAUAGAUUUGAUUUUAUUUUUUGUUUAAUCGUAAGUUUAAUCAGAAAAUUUGGAUUCAAUUAUGUUUAUCAGCUGCAUGUAAAUUAAUUUUUCUAUCGAGUUCAUUAAUUAAAAUGCGAAGAAAACAAGUAUUAUGAGCAAAGAAAAUGCUAUUUAAAUAUUUUUUUUUUUUAGAAAAAUUUUUAUUUAAAAAAGUGUACAAA